ACGAAAUUUGGAAUCUUAAAAAUAUAACAAAACAUUGAUUUUUUUAUGGGCACUAGAGAGUAGAUAAAGAUCUAGAAUUUAAUUCUAGAAUCUAGAUCUAUGUCUAUUUGUCUACGCAUACACAAGGCCUAAUUAAUUAAUUAGACACUGAUUUAAAAAAAUCUAGGGGAUCCAAAUCUAACUUCCCAACAGAAAGAGAAAAGAAGUCUUCAUGAUGGCAUCCCUGAUUGUAAAAAAAAGAAUGAUGUAUACUGUUUUUGUUUUCAUUUUUAUUUGUGGUGGCAUCGAAUAUGCUGUCAUCCUCCCAACACUGUGGCUGUACCUCAGGAACAAUUACAACUCACCUGAGUACAUGCUAGGGUUGGUCCUAUCUGCCUACAGUGUAGCUGCUUUCUUAUCAUCUCCGGUUUUGGGGCGGUUGACGGAUCGGUUUCAUUGUACCAAGAAGAUUUUUCUGAUUUGUUCAACGUUUGAACUAGCUGGAAGUUUUUUGUAUUUUAUUGGCAUAUCACAGUGGUUAUGUGUUAGCAGUAGGUUCAUAUCAGGAUUAGGGGCAGCAAGUGAAGCAAUAGCUAUAGCUGAGGUGUCCAGGUACACUAGUGAGAAAGAAAGAACGGGAAUUAUAUCCAAUUUGGUGGCUUCACGCCAGAUAGCUUUAUUGAUUGGUCCUGGUUUGAAUUUGUUCCUUCGUAAAGCUGAUUUUAAAUUAGGGCCAUUUGAUGUUACCAAGUACUCAGCUCCAGGGGCUUUUAUGGUCCUAAUGUGGGUGUGUGUUAUGGUCAUCAUAUUAACUAUGUACACUGAGCCCAGAGUGUUGUAUGCUCUGGAAGCAACAUCAGCUGUGAUAGAAGCACCACAAGCAGGGGAGAUCACUCAAUCUAAUGAACAAUUGGCUGGUAGCAAUGCAGACAACAGAAGGGGUUACCAUGAUGAUGUCGCCUCCACACAGGGCAAGUUGAAUAUUAAUGAAAGGCUCCAAAAACUUACAAAUGAAAUCCCAUCUGACCGUGUGGAAAAUGACAGAGAAUUCCUCGACUCAGGUGAAGUUUUUGUGUACCCUCCACUAACGCAAGCAGACACCGGUCUUGAAAGACAGCAGGACGAUGAAUUCAAAGAUGUUUGGGAACCUAAGGAAAAACUUAAGGAAAACCUUGGUGAUGAAUUAUCAGCAUCAUCAGUUGAGUUUCACGACACACGUCCGCCUACCAGAAGCUCAAACAACAGCGAUGGUAGAACAGAUUCUUUUCUGCAGCUGAGCUGCUCGAUAGAUUUGAUGGUUUCAGCUGAGAGGUUCAUCAACAACACUGAAUGGGAGAAAACGCGGGCUCAGAAUGGGGGCAGCGUGAACCCAGACUUCGUGUUUCAUGAGGAACAUUUUGGACAGAGUUUUGAUAAUGCAAGCUUGGAGGAGGAUGAAAGAAUGCCGCUCAUGUCUGAUAGAAGAGCGGCAAGGAUCAGAGGUAGAUCGGCAGCUAUGAAUACUCACGUGAUCAAUGACCCUUACAUAGAGAGGAGUACUUCAGUUCUUGAUGACCCCAUUGCAAGGGAGGGGAAGAUGGGAUUUUUUUGUAAUGAGUACAUCAGAGAUGAAAUAAUGGCCAUUGUGUUUCUUCUCUUCUGUGCGAUGUUUUCACAAGUUUGUGUUGAAACAAUGGUUUUACCUCUAACCUUAAAGUAUCUGGAUUUUGGUGAAUUAGAAAAUAGCCUGUUGUAUGCUGCAUGUGGUGUGGAGAUUCUGAUAGUGUUUUUUAUAAUGUCACGUUUGAGUCGCUGUGUAUCAGACAGAGUUCUGAUGCUGUUUGGUGCUGUAAUGAUUCUUGCUUCUAAUAUUUGGCUACUGUGGUACUUGCCCAGUGCUCCACCUCACAACCGUAUGAAAAACAUUCCAUAUUUUGCUGUUGCUGUGUUCUUUGAUAUUUUGAGCUUGCCAUUUUUAUUGGUAUGUGCCACAUCUCUUUAUUCAAAACUUACAAGAAAGCAAACACAAGGUUUAAGCCAGGGAUUGCGCAGAGGUGUUGUUGGACUAGGGACAAUUAUAGCACCAUUGUGGGGAUCCUCAGCGUCUAACCAACCCUUUGUAUUGCUGGGGGUUUUAGUAGGGUUGCAGUCACUUUCAUUGGUACUCUGUGUAUUGUCGUACAAGAGAUUAAAAGUCAUUCGGCCAACGACAACUGUGAUCUCAUCACCGCCCCCCAAACAAACAGCCAGCCAUUCACAAACUCCAGUCUCCACUCAAAAUACAAAUAACAACCUGGCUAUACCCAUCAGAUCAAAUCAAUCAACGCCUUAUGGAUCAAUACAAAGAAGUUAUGCUGGAUCAAGCUAUCAUUCCGUUGGUAGUCUGUAUGAUCAUCAUGCAUAAUGGUGGAGUUGUAUUCACUCUGUAGGCAACCUAUCUAAACAUUCAUUACCCAGUAAGCAUCCAAACAAAUCAUUCAGCAACUGUUUUGAAAUCCCAAUAGAUCACUCAUUAUAAAUAUAAUAUCACUACUUUAAAACAUAUGCGUUUGAUGCCUUUCAGUUAUAUCAAAGUUUACUCUGAUACACUGUGACUUCAUUAUUUACAGUUUAAAUUUGUUUUUAUUAUAAAUUUUAAAAUUUUAUUUAGUGACAUUUGCUGUUAAUAAAGCUGACAACCCCAAUACAGACAAUCACACUUGACAUAAAAAAUGUAGUAAAUACAUUAUACCAGUCAACAUUGCAUCCCAAUUAUGUAUGAAUGAAAUAUAAUACAAGUCCAAGUGAAAUUUUUACUUUCCUAAACUAAAUUUGUUUUUUAAACAUUCCAUAGAGCCAAUCUUUUUGUGCAACCUUGAUAGUUAUGUAUGACACAAUGAUGUAGGGUUGAUAUUAACAAUUGUAUAAAUAUUAUUACAACAUAGAUAAGCUAUUAAUUAAUGAGACACAUUAUUGAAUACUCUUACUUAUAGGUUGUAAAUUGAAUUGGUUUGAACAAACUUGUUUAAUAUUUUAAUAUACCAGUGUUGAUAUAUUGACACCAAGCUAUUUGUAUACUACUGUAAAAACACAGUAUGCUACCCUCAGAGACAGUAUUAAUUUUAACUGUAAAAUAAAACUUAUUACAUUUUUUCUUCUUUUUUUGAGGUUUGUUAUAUUAUACAAAUACUUUAAAAUGUAUCAAAUGUAUAAUGAAAGUUUUACUAAUGGGUAAAAUAGAAUAAUGAAAAUGAUAAGCUCAUUAAUAGGUGAUGAGAUUUAAUAUUUUCUUGUAUGUGCAUUUAACUUUUGUAAGAACUUUGUUUGAAGCUUUGACAACUCUACACGAUGACUUCCCCUAUUCUCUAGCUGUGUUUACUGUGAUAUUUGACAAUCUUAAAAUUUACUUUACAUUAUUUCAUUAACUAUUGUUUUGGAAGGGUGAGUUUUUUGUUCAUUGAUAAAUUUUUUAACAAAAAUAAAAACAAUUAUUUCUCAGGUGAACAGUACUUUCAUAUUUCUUUUCUACUAUUGAUUACUAAUUUUGGGGCAAUAGCUUUUGUUUACUGUUUUUCUACGAUGUAAUUUGUUUUGAAACAUUUUGUUGUAUACCUGUUUAUCAAUAAAUUUCUAAAUUUUUUUUGUCUUUCUUCAAGUAAUCUUUUUAAAAUUUCUUUCAAUUUUUGUUCUGUUAUGUAAAUACAGCUACUG